AUGGCGUCCACAGAACCCCCUCCCAAGGCAGACUUCCCUUACUCUCUGGAACUGUCUUUCCCUCUUCCAACGAACCGUCUCGCGUCAGCAGCCCUCCAAACCCUCGAAGUUGACGCCGAAUUGUCUGCGUUCGUGCGUCGCACAUUGACACUCACCACACCAGCCGAACCAGUGACCGAGCCCCAAGAAAAGAAAUUGAAGCAAGAUUCCGAUGAUUGCAAAACGGUCUUGCAAGUGAACUACUACGCGACUACGAACCGUAUGCUGCGAGUUGCCGUCAAUGGGUUCAUGGAAAGCAUGGGUGUUGUCCUGGGCGCGAUGGCCGAGCUAGAUUUGGAUGUCCUGGAGGCUGAGAUGGAAGGAUGA